GGCUGGCUGCUUGCAGACUUGCAGCAACGCCCCCUUCUAGAGUUAGCUAGCCGGCCUCCAACAAUACUUUGCUAGAGGUCAGUAGAAACAGGCUAGUAACAGUAGAAUGCCAGGAGAGCCAGGACAAGUCCCUGUGGAAAUGGGUGGAACCACUCUGCCUGAAGGAUGGGAGAGGUCAGAGACAGCCAAGGGAAUCCCUUACUACAUCAAUCAUGGUGAUGGAGCCUCGCAAUGGGAACACCCUGACAUAUCUGAAGUUGUCGUAAGAAUGGGUAGGUUUGUCGUCCUCGGUCAAAUUAUCCCUAAUUUAUUUGUUGAUUUAGAUGGUAUGAACGAGAUCAAAUUUGCUGCUUAUCGUACGGCCAUGAAGUUGAGAACUGUCCAGAAAGUAACUCAUUUGAAUGUGGUAAGCAAGAACCACUUGGAGAGAGCAUUCUUUGAGCUUGGAUUGGCCACUCCACAAAGCACAGAAGUGAUGACAGUGCAAGAGCUUGAGGCACUGCUCAGCAAGCUGUUCCAUUUGGCACAGCGAGGCCGGGCACAAUUCAUCCAACCAGAUUCCUGCGUUGAAGUCACACUGAGCUGGCUACUGAAAUGCUUGGAUAGUGGAAGGACUGCUUUAGUGAAAGUUCGCACUGUUAAAGUUGUUUUGGCUGCAUUGUGUACCGCCACAGUAGAGGAGAAAUUCACCUACAUGUUUCAGCAAACCAGGAGAGAAAACAGUCCUGGGAUCUCUAAGUCAACUCUCAAGAUGAUGCUGAAGGAUCUUCUCCUUCUCCCACUGAGUGUGUCUGAGAAUGCAACAUUCAAGAUAGCUACUGCUGACAAUGCUGUUGAGAACUGCUGGAGAAUUAAUGAGCUUGCUGGUACUGAUGUGCUCAACGAAGAGGAGUUCCUGUACUGGGCACUCCAAGAGCCCCUCCAUGUGGUAUGGCUGCCCACCCUCCAUCGGCUGUCGUCUGCAGAGACCGUGAAACACGAGGCAAAGUGUGCCAAGUGCAAGGCCUUCCCUAUAGUCGGGUUCAGAUACCGUUGCCUGAAGUGUACCAGUGUGGAUUUCUGCCAGAGCUGCUAUUGGACGCAGCAGAGUCUUAAGAACCACAAGGCCACCCACCCAGUUAGGGAGUACUGUCUUGCAACCACAACUGGAGAUGACGUCAGAGAUUUUGCCAAACAGCUAAAGUAUAAGCUGACGAGAAAGUACCGGAACAAGCCCCCUAAAAAGAUAUAUUUGGAUUAUCCUACAACUGCACAAGAGCAGCAAGAAAGGAUUCCUGAUCAGUCUCCACUGUUUGCCAAUAUCCACAGCAGAGCAAAUCAACUUGCAGCACGGUUGCAGGAGCUUGGUGGCACUGGUCACGGUGGGGGUGGUGCUCCUAACACACAGGUGGUGCACGUGGAACAUCACGGGGGACCUAUACACUCUGAACGACCUCCUGGUGAGGAGGAGGUACCGAGAGGAAGGCUACAGAGUCAUAUCUCUGGGCUGGAGGAGGAGAAUGAAGCUCUACGUGCUCAAAUGGACCGACUCGCAGAACGUUUAAGAGAAGUGGAAAAUCAGCCGCCACCACCGCCUGCAUUCAUCAAGGUACCCGUACCUGUGGGCAGAGUUCCAGCUACUCCAGAGAUGAAGACCCAAGCUGUGAACACUGUGUUAACUCCCUCUCUCCCGUCUGUACCCACCUUUGCAACCACCGAGUGGUCCUCGAUGUAUGGAGGAGAAGAGGAUAAAAUGGAGGAGUUGCUCCAAGAGGUGCUGGCGGCAUUUCCUACUCGAACCACUGAAACCGUACCGUGUGACCUGGACUCUCAAUUGCUGAGGUCAGCACAAGUGGUGGGCUCAUCUCUGGGUGCCAUGGUGUUUGAGGUAGCAUCGGCUCUACAGUAACAUUAUUACUACGUAGCUUAUAAUUAUAACGGAUAACCAUUAUGCUUUUUUUGUUAUCCUAGGAAGACAUUUUAUUGCCCUUUACAAACUCUGGACUACUUUUUAUAAUGUAUUUUGCUAUAACUUAUAACAAGAUCUAUACAAUGCAAAUGAGCAA